AUGUCGCGCCAACUUAUUUCGAACGAGAAGUUCCCCCCUAAGCCUCACAACUCCCCUGCCACCAAGAUCCCCGGCCUCGUCUUCUGUGCUGGUCAAACAGCAACUGGAGAGAUUAAACAAGCUACGAGAACUGUUCUCCAGAACUUGAAAGAAGUUCUCGAGCUGUCCGGCUCCUCUCUCGAGCAGGUCGUCAAGUACAACGUCUACCUUGCCGACAUGAAGGACUUCGCCGCCAUGAACGAAGUUUACAUUGAUUUCUUGCCUCAGCCCAUGCCUUCGCGCUCAUGCCUCCAGGCCGUUCCCCCUGGUGAGGGAACUGUGAUCGAGAUUGAGUGCAUUGCUCAAGUUUAG